CACCAUGGUGAGCAGCAAACGAUCUCUCCUCCUUCCCUAGUCCAGACUCCCGACGCGACCAAGCGCCGCCGUCGCCGACGCUUCCCCGCCGUCGGAGAUGGACUUCCAGGUCGUCGUCCUCGCCGGGGGCACCUCCGAGAAGCUCUCGCCCCUCGUCUCCAAGGAUGUCCCCAAGGCGCUCCUCCCCGUCGCCAACCGCCCCGUGCUCUCCUACGUGCUCGACCUCCUCGAGGCCAGCGACCUCAAGGACAUCAUCGUGGUGGUGGAGGGGCAGGAGGCCGCGCGACUCGUCGGAGCUUGGGCCUCGAGCGCCUACCUAGACCGCCUUCUCGUGGAGGUUGUGGCAGUUCCAGAGGACAUUGGAACAGCUGGUGCACUACGAGCUAUUUCAAAGCGACUGACUGCAAAUGAUGUUUUGGUGAUUAGCGGCGACCUAGUAACUGAUGUACUUCCUGGGGCUGUUGCUGCUACUCAUAGAAGAAAUGGUGCCGCUGUUACUGCUUUACUAUGUUCUGUUCCUAUCAGUGGUCCUUCAGAUGCUGCUUCUUCUGGAGGGAAAGAUAAAGCUAAAAAACCAACUCGACUGAAUAUAGUUGGGCUAGACAUAACAAGGCAAUUCUUGUUGCAUAUUGUAUCAGGAACCGAUGUUGAAAAAGAUGUACGUGUUUACAAGCGAAAAAUCCGAGCUGUAGGCGAGAUGGAAAUUCGAAGUGAUCUGAUGGAUGCACAUCUGUAUGCUUUUAAGAGGACAACAUUACAGAAUAUACUGGAAGAGAAAGAAUCAUACCGUAGCAUUAGACUUGAAGUCCUACCAUACUUAGUGAGGAGUCAGUUGAAAUCAUCUUCAUCAGGAGGUGAGGGAACAACCGUUGAUGAAACUGGCGAUACUACAGUUCCAUCCAAUAGUCAUUUGCAGUGUCUAUCACAGCAUCGCAUACUUGCACCAUCUGCUUUUAAGAAAGAUUUGUUAUCAUCUGGAGGAACAUAUAGGUGCUGUGUCUAUAUUGCUACUAAAAGCAAGUACUGUCAUCGUUUGAACUCCAUUCAGGCAUACUGUGAUAUCAACCGAGAUGUUGUAGGGGAUGCUAGUCACUUGUCCGGUUAUUCCUUCUCUGCACAGAACAACAUCAUCCAUCCAACUUCUGUGCUUGGAUCGAAGACUACAAUCGGACCACAAUGCAUGCUUGCUGAGGGUUCACAAUUAGGUGACAAAUGUAGUGUGAAGCGAUCUGUUAUUGGCCGUCAUUGUCGAAUUGGUUCAAAUGUAAAGAUUGUCAAUUCUGUCGUGAUGAACCAUGUGGUUAUUGAAGAUGGUUGUCACAUACAAGGUUCUGUGAUAUGCAAUAAUGUGCAACUUCAAGAACGUGCUGUUUUGAAAGAUUGUCAGGUUGGUGCUGGUUAUAUUGUAACUGCUAGCAGUGAACACAAAGCAGAAUCUCUCAGCAAGAAAGUAGAGCGAUUUUGAUAGUGUGGUUGACCUUGAACAAUUUUGUUUGCUAAGUCAGAUACAGCCGUACAAGGAGUUAAGAAGGGAGGGGGUAACAUGUAUUUCGAAAAAAUGAUUUCACCGUGAUACCCCAAAAAAUAGUGUGCUCUUGUCUAUUCUAACAGAUUGAGCUUGGACUUGACAGUUGAAGCGCUUCUAGCGAGAUUGAUCCAUGAUAUUAUGAGUAAACUAUGUGUAUCCGUUUGUUGGCCCUGUUCCUGUUAUUGAUUUGUAAUUUUCUUGUCAAUUUGGGUGGUACAGUAAUUCAUUUGGUACACCAAGGUGGUUCUUGUCGCUAUUUUGUAAUACAUUAUGUUAGCUUUGGGCGGCUUACUCCCUCCAUUCCACAAUAUUACAACCUAGUAACGGAUGAGAUAUUCUAUUUGUUUA